UUUUGGAGGAGUUUAAAGAAAGGUGAACGCAAGCCUACCAUAGAAGAUAAGUUUUUGUUGCCAACAAUCAAACCUUAUGGUUCUUGCUCCAUUCAGGGACUUGUAAACUGACAACAAGUGGAAACACUUUGUGUGUCGGGGACUUUGAUUACAAGAAAAUUGCACUUCUGUUUAAUUUCUGAAGUGCUUCACUUUCUGUGAAGAUGCUUAAGGCUCCUCAACAUCAAGUCGCAGGACACGAAGCGGGCAUCGGGAAGCUUGGUCUCGUGGAUGAAUCAGGACGCUUCUACAAGCCUCUGCAAGGUGAUGAACGAGGUGCCAAUGAGGUUGCAUUCUAUAGUUCAUUGUCUACUAACAGUGGGAUCCCAGAACACAUUCAAAGAUUUUUCCCCACCUUCUAUGGAACUCAGCUCGUAGAAGCAUCUGAUGGAUCUGGCUUGCUGCCUCACUUGGUCUUGGAAGACCUUGCUCUAGGUCAUGUCAAUCCAUCGAUAAUGGACAUUAAGAUUGGUUCAAGAACCUGGGCACCCGAAGCAUCCGAGAAAUAUAUUCAGAAGUGCUUAAAAAAAGAUCGAGAAUCGUCAAGCCUUUCAUUAGGAUUCAGGUUAUCGGGGUUGCAAAUCUAUAGAAGCAAAGAACUAGGAUUCUGGAAGCCUGGAAAGAAAGCUGCUCAGAAACUCUCUACAGAGGAAGUCAAGUUAGUCCUGAGAAGGUUUGUUUCUUCCAACACAUUGAAUGAUUUGGAUUUGAGACCUGACUGCGCUUUCGCAUCAACUGUUUAUGGCGGCUCUACUGGCAUUUUAUCUCAGUUACUGGAGCUGAAAGCUUGGUUUGAGGAUCAAACUAUAUUCCAUUUGUAUUCUUGCUCAAUUCUGGUGAUUUUUGAAAAAGAGCUGGCAUUGAAAGGAAAGAAUCCAGGUGCACAUAUCAAGCUGAUUGACUUUGCUCAUGUUUACGAAGGACGAGGUGUCAUUGAUCAUAACUUCUUGGGUGGUCUCUGCUCGUUGAUAAAAUUUAUUUCUGACAUUCUUACUGCUCCUAGUGACUGCAGAAUAGACAUUUCUGCAAAAGCUGAUCAGAAGAACCUUACCGCUGAUAAUGGUGUUGUAGCUGAUCAUAAGAGCCAUACCGCCUCUGAUAAUGGUGUUGUUGCUGAUCAGAAGAACCUUACCGUCUCUGAUAAUGGUGUUGUAGCUGAUCAGAAGAACCUUACCACCUCUAAGAAUGGUGUUGUUGCUGAUCAGAAGAACCUUACCGCCUCUGAUAAUGUUGUAGCUGAUCAUAAGAACCUUACCGUCUCUGAUAAUGGUGUUGUAGCUGAUCAGAAGAACCUUACCGUCUCUGAUAAUGGUGUUUUAGCUGAUCAGAAGAACCUUACCGUGUCUGAUAAUGGUGUUGUAGCUGAUCAGAAGAAGCUCACUGACUGAUAAAUGGUGUUAGCUGAUACAACUCAAACUCUUGUUGGAACCAUUUUUCAACCUGGAUUCCAACAAGCCACAUUUUCUGCCAUGCUGCAGAUAAUUUGCCUGAAUUGUUCAAUUCGGAGUCCUAUGCAAUGCUUCCACGCGUGCUUUAAGAUUUUAGACACUCUAAACUUAUGAUUUGUGAUCUCUGAUUACAUAUUUGCUACCUUAGCUCACCUGUGCUAUGAACUCUUUCUUUUGUAGAUCAGGAGGCAAAGAACACUUUUUAAUGAC